AUGUCAACUCUCGAGCCUCGACCGCCCUACUCAGAAGCUGAGAUCAAGAAUCUCUACCCGCCCCAACUACGUCUCCAACUCGUCCAGAUCCUCCUCCGCCACGGUGAACGCACACCCAUUACCGCUCGUUUCACUUCCGCCGGUCUCGCCCCUUUCUGGUCAUACUGCUCAGCAGCUCGCCGUUUAACCAGCGCCAUCCUCGAUCCGUCAGUCACUGCGUCCCAUUCUGAUCCUGCCGACAACCCAGGCCUUACAGCACUCGAGUGGAAGCGCCGAAUCGAAACAUUUGGUACCGAUGAUGCACCUAUUAUAGCUACCGGCCGCAAUGGCGAGCUCGAUGCCAUCUGCGACAUGGGCAUGUUGACCGAUCGCGGACGAGAAACGACAUAUGAUCUUGGUCAGCGCCUACGGCAUCUAUACAUCGACCAACUUGGUUUCCUCCCCGAAAGCCUUGCUGCCGACACUGACACCGCCGCCAUUUAUCUCCGAGCGACACCUGUACCCCGCGCUCUCGAAUCUCUACAGCAAGCGUUCUACGGCCUCUACCCACCAUCCGCCCGCACUUCUGGCCUUCAUCCUCCAACAAUUCUCACACGGUCGCCCGCGGACGAAACCCUCUUCCCUAACGAUGGCAAUUGCCGACGCUUUGCCGCUCUCGCGCGGGCUUUUGCUCAGCGAUGCGCCGAACGCUGGAACGACUCUGAUGAGAUGGCGUAUUUGACUAAACGGCUCGGCCGCUGGAUGCCAGAGGAUAACCCACGUGUUGCUGUGGACUCCCGUCCGCGUCUGAGUGGCAUUAUGGACACUAUCAACGCCACCAAGGCACAUGGCCCUGAUACUCGACUUCCUAAAGAGUUCUAUGACCCGGAAGUCAAGCGAAUCAUUGAGAAGAUUGGGGUGGAGGAGUGGUAUGCUGGGUACAAGGAGAGCGAAGAGUACCGCACCCUAGGUAUUGGUGGUCUGCUCGGUGAUGUUGUCUCUCGCAUGGUUGGCAGCGCUGAGCAUUCUACUGCGGAUGGUGAGUAUGAGCUUGCUCUGAACAAAAAGAGUUAUACUCCUGCACCUCAGCCAGUGCGCUUUGGAAUGAGCGGAUGCCACGAUACCACUCUCGCUGCCACACUUGCUAGUCUUGGAGCCUUUAACGAAGAAGCGUGGCCACCAUUCACCAGUCACAUUGCGAUAGAGCUGUUCCAUCAUGCAAACGCAGCCGUUAAGCCUCCCCCUGAAGCUCCUAAAACGAGCGGCUUUCUCUCUUUCCUAGGCUUGGGCAACAAAGUAACAUCCCUCGCCGGAGCACCACCUCCAGGUAUUGGCCGCAAGAAGACUCAAGACUUGACGGAGGAUGAAAAAGAGCGACUUAAAGGCUAUUACGUUCGUCUUCGCUACAACGAUCGCUCUGUGACAGUCCCUGGCUGCAAACCUUCAGGCAAGCAUCUUAACGGCGAUGAGUCCUUCUGUACUCUGGAAGCCUUUAAGGAGAUUGUCGACAAAUUUACACCCAAGAACUGGAAACAACAAUGUCGCACUAAUAUCAAGGAGCCGGCCUUUCCAAGUAAGCCUGAACCAUCAGGAUAUUAA